CAAGGGAAGCACAAACCGAGUACUAAAUAAUUUUUUAUGUAUAUCUCCCACGUGCCUGGCACGUGAAGAGUAUUGGCCGAUCUCGUAUCAGAAUCGCCCCGAAAAAGCCGAAACGGCUCUCCCCGGGAAAGCCGGCUUCCACCGUGAAUGAUGAAGAGAUCCGCGGAGAUCAUCGCAUUUCUUCUUCUUUUCUCCUGCGUUCUUCCGUCCGCCCUCGCUGGUCCCUCCGGCCCUGGCGAUGGGUACACCAUUGCAGGUCAUGUGAAGUUGGAAGGUGCGACAUCCAAAGGUUUUACUCCUAUGGAAAAGUCAAAUUCAAAAGUGAUACUUAAUGGUGGUCAGAGGGUCACUUUUCUCAGGGCAGAUGGUUAUUUUUCAUUCCACAAUGUGCCAGCUGGGACUCAUCUUAUUGAAGUGUCUGCAAUGGGUUAUUUCUUUUCUCCGGUACGGAUUGAUAUUAGUUCCAGAAAUCCUGGUAAGAUCCAGGCUGCACUGACAGAGAAUAGGAGGGUUCUGCAUGAGCUAGUUUUAGAGCCUUUAAGAGAAGAGCAGUAUUAUGAGAUAAGAGAACCUUUUUCCCUAAUGUCUCUAUUGAAAAGUCCCAUGGGUUUGAUGGUGGGUUUUAUGGUGUUAGUGGUGUUCCUCAUGCCGAAGUUGAUGGAGAAUAUGGAUCCAGAAGAAAUGAGAAGAGCCCAAGAGGAGAUGAGGGCGCAAGGGGUACCUUCUCUCUCCAACUUGUUGCCUGGAAGGAGCAGCUAAAUUGCAGGAUUUUGUGGGACUCGAACAAGGCUGUGCCAGUGAUUAGCUACCUGAAUGCUUAGGAAGAAAUGGUGAGGCCUUGGAACAUUUUCUUUUAAUCAAAAUGGAAGUUUUAAUGCUGUUGUUCUUGCGUGUAAUCACAAUUAAUGCCAGUGGCUCGCCAUUUGUUUUAUGAAGUUGAUAGGAAUGAUACACUGAUAACUGAUUGAUCAUGACAAAACAUAGAUUAGAAACUAUGCAAAACUUGAGGAUUUUUUGCACAAAGUGAUUCUGAAAGUGAGAGUGAUUGCUUUACCAAAUAUUGUUGUUA